AUGGACUCUAGUAAAGGCAAUAUUUCACGCAUGAGGCAGACUUACCGUCAACCCCGUUCACAACAACCACUCACUUCUCUAGACCGUGAGUUGGAUCGUGCUGAGAGGAGAACACAGGCACUCUCGAAUUUGGCCCAAGAAAUGGAGCGCACCGAGAAACUACUUCCAACAGUUUACAUUCCUCAAAACAAAACUGAAAGCAAGACAAAGACUACUAGCAACCUUAGACGAGAAAAAGAUAAUAAAUUGGAGGGAAUGAGCUUGGGUUCGGAACUUUAUAGAGCCGAAAGGAAGACUCAACAGCUACGAAAAGUUUCGCUUGAUGGUAAUGAAAGCAUAAAUAUUAAUAAUACUACGAGACUACGUCUUCCCUCUCAAAGAAAAACUCAUAAAGAAUUGCCCUUUGAUGAGAAUGCUGCUCAAGAAACAAUUUUCGAAUUUGCAAAUAAACCAAGUAGCUACAUGUUUGACAAAUCAGAGAAUCGUGCAGAGAAUAUUAAUCUUGAAUUUAAUCAGGUCAAGUCAACGUCUCGUGUUUCUUUGGGAAAAAAAGAUACCCGUCUUUCCUCCCAAAAUCUCAAGAUAAAAGGGGACGAUGAUCCUACUCUCACUCCGAAAAGACGAACUACAACUCGCAAAUCAAGUAGAUCAGGAACACCUUCGAAACAUCGUACUCCUUCAAAAGUUAAAAGUCCAAAAGUCAGAACCCCACUGAUUGAUAAAAGUAAUACUCAGUUUUCUUAUAUCAAUGAAAAUGACGAUUCAGAAAUCAAAAAUUCUUCACACCAUUUGGAUAAUAUUAUGGAAAGAUACAAGAAAUCGUCUGCAAUUGACGAGACAAGAGAAUAUUCUAAACUUACACCAAAUUCCAAACCUAUCGUGACCGAAAAUUCUGGAACUCCAAAUCUCCAAUUUGAAGAUACCCCAUUGACAAGUUUUCUCGCCAAAGAGUCUCCGUUAUUUAAAAAUAUCGACUCUAGUGAUUUGGCUUCUCUCAUCACCCCAAAGCAAGAUGAAGGCUCAGAGGAUUCGAAUUCAACAAUUAAAGCAUCAUCAACAAGAACAUCAGGUGCGGCUUCUGUAGAAUAUACACCUACGCCGCAAUUUCUUACCAAAGAAUCUCCGGUAUCUGAAUUCACUCCAUCAGUUUUGUCUGACAAGAUUCAAGAAUUAGAUGAAAUCGUAGAAACGCCACCAACAGUAAAAGGCGAAAUAAUUCCUUUUUUCCCACUCAAUCCAUCAACUACACCAUCUAAAAGAAUGAGAGUAGAUGAUGAACGUGACUAUUAUCAGAAAAGGCUUCGUCAACUGGAAGAAGAGGUUCAAGAAGCUAAACAUGCCGCCAACCAUUAUAAACAAUUACUUCAUGGACCAAUUUAUCUUAAUGACGCGAAGUCAAUUAGAAAGUUGAUGAGUCGAAUCGGAAAGUACAAAUCCGCCCAUGUCAAAGCACAACUGGCAAAAGAUGAAGGCGAUGCAGAUGGAUUGCCCGACAAUGUCGAAAUAAUUUACUUAUGGCUUGAAAGAAAUGGUUAUUUGGAUCAAUAUAUGCUUCCAGAAUUUCGUGCAAUCGAAGCAGUAGCCACUAUGGAGCUUACAUCCACUUUUGAAAGAAUAAGUGAAAAUAUCCGAGAAAAGCUUACUGCCGAGAAUUCAGACACAAACACGAGUAAAGAGUUUGAAAAUCGCAAAAUACAGAAUGUUUGCGCGAUUCUUUCGAUCUUCUCGCAGCCAAACAGUUUUCAAUCGCUCAAAUGGCUGAAACUCAGCGAUAUGCCUAUCUCCGAUCCUUAUUUAAUUCACCUUCACUCUCUUCAAUCUUUGGAGCAAUUGUAUCUCGACAACACUUCAAUCAGUGACGAAGGAAUCGCGAAUUUAGUCGCCCUUAAAAACUCACUUAAACAAUUGGAUCUAGCCAACAAUAUUCACAUUACUGAUCGUUCUUUUUACAUUCUUCGGUAUUUUGAAGUCCUUGAACAGCUAGCUUUGGAGGGAACUAGCAUCACGAUGUAUGGUCUUCGAACUUUUGUCCGAGAAUCAAGGAGCAAGAAUCUGCAUCAGCUCACUGUUCCUCAGGAAUGCCGUGAUUAUCUAAAUCAUCGACACCUUCUUUACUGCAUUGCACCUAAACAACAGAAGAAUCCAAAUCGUAUUCCAUUCAUCAUUGACCCAAGACGCGUUGCUUUAUUAUCAACGGCGACACUUAAACUACAAUUAACUUUCCAUUAUGAAGUUAAUCCCAACAUUUGUAUCACGGGCGAAAAGGCUGAAUUGGCGGAUCGGUUACGAGAAAUUUUGGAAAGACGUCGAGAUGAUGGAAAAGUCUUGCAAUUAGUGGGUGGUCGUGAUUUCUGA